UCAGAGUCUUUGACGUUUUUGUGUUGGCGACUCUACGCGUCCAUAUCCCACUUGUUGUUUUCCUAGCCAAGAAUGACAGAUCCAAGGGCUAAGUAUAUUGAGCGGAAAGAUAACGGGCACCUGCUAGAUAGUUAAAAAAUGCAAACCCUGAGGUCUGUCCUGCUGGCCACUAAGAGCUCCAAUGAGAUGCCGGCUGCAGGUGAUGACUUUGACUACUACUCCAGCUUCCCGGGCUUCCAGGGUCUUAUGAACAUCGAGGGGAAAAGAAUCUUACAUGUAAUACAGAGCAUCCUGAAGCAUGAGAAUGUUCGAGCAAACCUGGGCAGUAUGGGCGGGGCAGCUGACAUUGAGGACAAACUGGACCAGCUUAUGGACGCUAAUGACCAGAUACUAGAGAGAGUGGGCACAUGGCUUGAUGAAGCGUCCGGUAUUAAGAAGGAUGACAGUUCCCUUGUGAUUGCCUCGGCAACACCCAAAUCUACCCAGAAACUAGCAAGCUGGAAUAAAAAGAGCCCUGGCUCAAGCUCAGCAGCUCCAAACUUCCGUCUCCUGUCAGCAAAGAACAUCCAGCGUCCCCAGUUGAGGUUUAGAGAUAAAGUGGACAACCGUAAUGCUCCAUUUAGGCCCAUCAUAACAGAUAAACCUAAUGCCUUGAAGACACUGGAAGAAAGCCUAAAGUUGCCAGAGGGAGUCACACCAGAGAUGUCAGAACAGCCGGAGUUCAAACACCCCCAUCCCUACCAGUAUGAGCUGGACCAUCUCACGUACCAGGAUAACCAGACAAGCCCAUGUAAGGCCCAGGAGCCAGGAGACAUUGAUGAGACGCCAUGUAUGUUCAUAAACACUCCUGAACAGCUUGGGCCUCUUGUAACGAUGUUGAAGAAACAGUCCGAGAUUGCCAUAGAUUUAGAGCAUCACAACUACAGGACCUUCCAGGGAAUGACGUGCCUGAUGCAGAUAUCUACAAGAUCACAUGACUAUCUGAUAGACACUCUUGAACUACGCAGUGAUCUUCAGUUUCUAAAUGAGGUUUUCACGGACCCCAGCAUUGUCAAGGUGUUACAUGGUGCAGACUCGGACAUAGACUGGUUACAGCGAGACCUGGGCCUCUACAUAGUGAACAUGUUCGACACAGGACAGGCGGCUCGUGUUAUGAACUAUAGUCGCUUUUCUCUCGCCCAUCUUCUACAGCAGUACUGUGGAGUGACAGCAGAUAAGCAGUAUCAGCUGGCUGACUGGAGAAUCAGGCCGCUUCCAGAAGAGUUGAGUAAAUAUGCCCGUGAGGAUACCCACUACCUUCUGUAUGUGUACGACCUACUGAAGAAUGAGCUGAUCACCAGGGGAAAUAACUCCAACAAUCUCCUGCUUUCGGUCCUCAACAGGAGUAGACACCUCUGUAUGAAGGUUUACCAAAAACAGAUUCACACACCAGAUAGUUAUUUGGAUCUGUACAGGAAGAAUAAGAAGGUUUUCAACUCCCAGCAGUUAUAUGCCUUUAAAGAGCUCUUCAAUUGGAGGGAUGAAACUGCCAGACUGGAGGAUGAAAGCUAUGGGUAUGUUUUACCAAACCACAUGAUGCUUCAAAUCUGUGACAUCCUGCCCCGUGAACGGCCGGGAGUUCUGGCAUGCUGCAAUCCGAUACCGCCCCUGGUACGACAGUACCUCAACGAGAUACACACCAUCAUCAUGAAGGCCAGAGAAGCCCCUCUUACUGUAAAGCUAACACCAGUCCGAGAGAAGCGUCCGACAAUAUACCAGCACCCUAAAUACAACUCUGACAGCUUAUUAAACUGUCCACACGAUCUAUCACACCCACCCACUGAUUAUACAGCUACACCGUGUGUUUUAGACCCAGGCCUGAUGACUCGACAGUCGGCUCUCUUUUCCUCAGGAAAGACGAACAUGAUCAUUGAGGUUAAAGAUGAGCCAUUGCUUACGGCAUUCAACAAAAACAGGCCUACCAAAAAGCCACAGACUGAAGCACAGAAGAGGGUAUCAAUGAUAAAAGCAAGCUUUGUCAGUCCCUAUUUUAUGUACCUUCCAGACAAGACUGGGGGGAAAACUGUGCCAAGGAAAAGUCAGAUGUCUAAAGAAGAACAGUCUGGUUCACCCUGGAAGCUACUGCCAUGUUCUAUAAAGAGGAAAAAAGAAUCCAGUGACAGUCCAGCAAACUCAGUUCUUCCAACUAAGAGGUCGCGCACUGACCUACAGGCGGAGGCCAUGCCCACUAACAAGCACCUACGCUUCACCGAUGAAGGUGAGACGAUAGAGAUCACUGAUGAUGACAAGAAAGCGCUGCCACAGGAUCUUAAGAUUCCCAUAAGAUUCCAGGUUCCAUCCAAGAAGAAAAAGAAGAAUAGAAAUAAAGACAUAGACUUAAUUGAAAGUGUUCAGGAACACUUGACAAACAUUCGUAAGAUACAGGAAGAGAAUGAAACAGUUCUUGGUAAAAGACCUGGAGAUGACCAACCAUCUGCUUCGGAGAAAACAAAGAAAGUAAAACAGAAAAUGAAAGACUCUAAGAAACAAAAGGGACAAGGCAAGAAUGGGAACAAGAACUCUGAAUCUAGUGCAAUGGAUACUGCCACUGACUUGGUAGUAAUUGAUAGUGACGAGGAAACUGUUGGUGAAAAAGCAGGUGGAGCUAAGAGUGCCAAGGGUGGUUUAAAGACUGAGGUUACUAUUGAAAUAGAUGACAGUGAUAGUAAUGAUGCUGAGGUGAAGGUGGUGGAAGAGUUUAAACCUUACGAUUACACAGAGGGGGCGAAACAGCUGCUGAAAGAUACAAAGCAGAGGGGGAAAGGUCACGACUACUACAAUCCUCAGAGUUCAGGCCGAGGAAAAUCUAAGAAUAUGAGAAACCGGUCUCAGAAGAAAGGUCAGAAGAGUUUAUCAUGGAAGUCCAAGAAAUGAUCGGCUUGUGGUCUUAGUUAUGUACAAAGUCUUACCAAAAUAAAAAAAACUCUAUAACCAAAGACAGUUGUUUUCCAACUAAUUUCUAGAGAAUUGCUGAUAACAUAUUGUUAAUGUUUUCUUAAAAGGACUAUAAAGAUACAUUUUUUUAAAAUAAAAAAAGUGAUGUCCUUUACUUCAUAUACAUGUAGAAACACAAUGUUCAGUAAAUUAAUGAGAUUUUAGGUUAUUAGAUUUAGGUAUGCUGUUGGGUUGUAACCUGAUAAAGCGAAACAUUGAUACAAAUUAUUGUAUCUUUAAUGCAAAGUGGCAUUGUGAUUGUGCUUUGUUGAACUGAUUGUUUGUUUACUGAAGUCUAUUUGCCGACAGUGGUAAAUACACGCUUGUAAAGGAUAACAUCUUUUAUUUUUGUGUCUUAAAAUUAGUUCAUGUUUUAAGUAACCUUUUGAAAAAAAAGUAUCUUCUAACGGUUUUUCAGACUCUCAAACUUAUCAUAAAAAGUGAGGCUGUUUUAGAUAUGCUGUAAAUAAAAUGAAGGAGUAUACCA